UAAACUUUUUCCAACAUUAUAAUCUCUCUUUGCUUCAUUGAAGGAGAAAUAUAUCAAGUGAUCUAAUGGAAGGUGGUGGACAAAAAGAAAGCUCAUUGCAUGACAUGAAGCUUUUGUUCGUUGAGAUGGGUGUUGGCUAUGAUCUUCAUGGUCAAGACAUAACAGCUGCUGCAAUGAGAGCAUGUAGAGAUGCAAUCGCUACCAAUUCACUUCCAGCAUUCCUAAAAGGUUGCAUCCCUGGUGUGACAUCUGAUGACAUGAAACUACAUGUCAAACUGGGGGUGCCUCAUCCUCUGCAACAAAACUUGGAUAAGGAUAAAAUAAAGUCUGUGUUUCCAUAUGGGGAAAUUAUGAAGUUUGACGUAGUGGAUGGUGGACUAGUGUGCUCAACUGAAGAAGUAGCUGAGAAGAACGAUGACUGCUACAUUGUUAAUGCUGCUGUGUAUGUUGGCUACUAAUCUUAGCUACCUUGGGUUAGUUUCACUUCCUUUUACGUACUGC